CUCUUAUAGUCAAACAAAGAGUCUUGCCUUAUCAUCACAUGCAUCAAGGGAGGUAACUGUAUAUUAACUUAUUUGUAGUCAAGAACUUUACGAAGGCGAAAACAAUUUCACAGUUUUCUCAAAAUCAUGCAUUAUCGACGGGGGUGUGACUGACGAAUCAGGAUGGCGAGUAAAUCGGGCAAGGCAACUCGGGGAGGCAGCAAGAAGAGCAAGACCCCCCGGAAGUCUGGAGAUGACGUGUCCAUGUGGGAGAUGACCAUCGGGCGGGAGGUGGACUGGCAGUCGGGCAAGAACCUGCCGGACACCAACCUACACAUGCUGGUCAACCAGCUCAACUGUGACGUCACCUUCAGGGUAGGGGAGGCCGAGGAGAUCAUCCCCGCCCACAAGUACAUGCUUGGGUCUCGCAGUAACGUGUUCCAGACCAUGUUUGCCGAUGCAGAAGCAAUCAUGGAGGACAACGAUGAGAUCGUCGUGGAUGACGUAGAUCCGAACGUGUUCCGACAUAUGCUGGUGUUUCUGUACACAGACGACAUCCGUCUGGACCCCGAGAACGUUUCCCUUGUCCUCUUCGCGGCCAAGAAGUACGGCAUCCAGUCUCUGAGGAGGCGCUGUCUGCAGUAUCUGGAGGCCGACCUGUCCCCCGACUCCGCCUGUGUCAUCAUGGAGCAGGCCCACGUGUACGACGAGGAUGACCUGAGGGCCAAGGCUCUGGACUACAUCCUCAAGACAGGGGACGGGACCCUCCGAGCUCGGACGGUCGGGGAGCUGUGCCACGAAUGUCUCUCAAUGGUCCUAGCCUCGGAUGACCUCAACGCACCGGAAGAUGUUGUCUUCUUUGGCGCCCUGUACUGGUCGGAGUGUGAGCUGGCACGCCAUGAAAAAGACAUCACGCCGGAAGGCCGUAGGGACGUUCUUGGAAAUGCCAUUUAUAGCAUAAGAUUUCCACUAAUAGAUAAAAAGAUAUUUGUGCAAAAAGUAAGUCCUUUCGGCGUUCUUAAUGAUGUUGAAACGAACACCGUGCUUCAAUAUUAUGUCAUUCCGGAAAUAGGAGCAAAGCCUUUUAUCACUGAAGCAAGGAAAGGUACGUUUGUCCGUCCGGACAUGUACGAGGCACCAAAGGUAGAAGGCCCAUUGGACAUGACAGAACCCCCGGAGCCUCGCGUGGAGCUGCCCCCAAUUAUUGUGGAGCCCGAACCGGAGCCCAAGAAGGAGAAGAAAGGAAAACCCAAAGAUGAGAAGACAUCGGCGGAAAAAAAGAAAGGCAAGGGGAAGAAAAAGAAGAAGGUGACCCUGCGGGACCAUAAUCUCUUGCGAUUCUCAACACGGGAUGAAGUGUUAUCGUGGAUGUGUGAUGGGCAGAUGGACGACGCGAUCGGCUUCGGCUGCGACCACGACUUCAUUCUGGUAGGUUUCCUUCUGUUCGGGCCAUCCCGCUACGUCCGAGGUCAGUACUAUGUCCGGGCAAGGGUUGAGGAUGAUGAAGGGAACGUGAUGAGAGGGAGCUUAAUGGAGGUAGAGGUGGACGUCAAUCCUAAUGACAAAUUUUAUGAGCUUCCCUUCCCGACCCCUGUCCGGAUUGAGCGCAAGAGGCAAUACACCCUGCUGGUCAACGUACGGGGGGAGCCGUGCUUUCAGGGUACCCAUGGCAACCAUACAGUCAUUCUGGAUGACAUGACGUUCAAAUUCUUCCAGUCGGAACGCAGCCACAAUGGCACUACUGUCGAAAUGGGACAAAUACCGGGUUUGAUUGUUAACACCGAUUAAAAUGAGUCCUCAUGGACAAAUCCUUGUUUUCUUACAUACCCAAACACACUGACACUGAAUUUUGAAUGCCAAGCAUUCCGAUCCGUUGAUAAUAGAUGAUUCCCCUAAGGUUAACGCAUGCUGUGUCUAAUUGCAUGGGGGAAUUCCAUUUAUGAUGUCAUAUUUCGCACUUUGGUAAAGACUUCUUCAUGUUCCAUGUAUAUAUAUUAUAGAUGUAUAUUUAUGUAUUUUUGAGUUUCUGCAUGUUAUCGAUAGCCAUUUCAUUGUUUCCAGGAAUAAUUAUGUUUAUGUAUUGUGUUCGUGCAUUCAUUCUCAUUGUUACACAUUUGUUUCUGUACAAU